UUUGGUGGACUUGAAAGCCUCCCCUAUCUUACACCGUGCCCACCUCUCCAAUCCGCACGGAGAGACUCCACUGAUCCGAGCUGCUAUUUAAGCAUUUCGCCUCCAUUUCUCGAUCGCAUCCGACUCCAACGCUUCUGCAACCCUAAUCGUUUCUCCUCCAGAUCAUGGUUGCGGCGAUGGAUCUGAAGGAGCACAAGUUCCUCGCGGUGGGGCUGCUCUUCGUGGCGACGCUUGUCCUGGCGAAGUUCAUCGCCGCCGUCCUGGCGCCCAGGGGGAAGAAGCGGCUGCCGCCGACAGUGUCUGCGCUUCCUGUCGUCGGCGGGCUGCUGCGGUUCAUGAAGGGUCCCAUCCCGAUGAUCCGGGAGGAGUACGCGAAGCUCGGUGGCGUGUUCACGGUGAAUAUCUUGAACCGCAAGAUUACCUUCUUCAUUGGACCGGAGGUCUCGUCGCACUUUUUCAAGGCGCCGGAGGCGCAACUCAGCCAACAGGAGGUGUACCAGUUCAACGUGCCCACCUUCGGGCCGGGCGUCGUCUUCGAUGUGGACUACUCGGUCAGGCAGGAGCAGUUCCGAUUCUUCACGGAAUCGCUUAGAGUGACAAAACUCAGGGGUUAUGUGGACCAGAUGGUGACCGAGGCUGAGGAUUACUUCUCAAAAUGGGGUGAGAGUGGCACAGUAGACUUGAAGUAUGAGCUGGAACAUCUCAUCAUAUUGACUGCAAGCCGAUGCCUGUUAGGGAGGGAGGUAAGGGACAAGCUUUUUGACGAUGUCUCUGCCCUCUUUCAUGAUCUUGACAAUGGCAUGCGCCCAAUUAGCGUUAUAUUCCCUUAUCUUCCUAUCCCUGCCCACCGCCGGCGUGAUCGUGCCCGUGCUAGGAUAGCUGAGAUUUUUUCCACCAUCAUCAAGUCACGCAAGAGUUCUGGGAAAUCUGACGACGAUAUGCUGCAGUGCUUCAUUGAUUCAAAGUACAAAGACGGAAGAUCGACGACAGAAGGAGAGAUCACUGGUCUGCUGAUUGCUGCCCUCUUUGCAGGACAACACACCAGUUCCAUCACUUCGACCUGGACUGGAGCAUAUAUGCUCCGUUUCAAGAAGUAUCUUGCAGCUGCUCUCGAGGAGCAGAAGGAGAUCAUGAGGAGGCACGGUGACAAAGUGAAUCAUGACAUCCUAUCUGAGAUGGACGUUCUCUACAGAUGUAUUAAGGAAGCUCUCAGACUUCAUCCACCGUUGAUAAUGCUUCUGCGCUACUCACAUGAUGACUUCAGUGUCACCACAAGAGAAGGGAAAGAAUAUGAUAUCCCCAAGGGCCAUAUUGUUGCAACGUCCCCAGCUUUUGCCAACCGGCUGCCCUACAUUUUCAAGGAUCCAGAUUCAUAUGAUCCUGAUAGGUUUGCACCUGGAAGGGAGGAAGACAAAGCUGCAGGGGCCUUCUCAUACAUCUCAUUUGGAGGAGGAAGGCAUGGGUGCCUGGGAGAACCUUUUGCGUACUUGCAGAUUAAGGCUAUAUGGAGUCACCUGCUGAGGAACUUUGAGUUCGAGCUGAUAUCUCCAUUCCCAGAAAAUGAUUGGAAUGCGAUGGUUGUCGGAGUAAAAGGUGAAGUGAUGGUGCAGUACAAGCGAAGGAAGCUGCCCAUUUACUGACUCUCAAUUUAGUGUGUGGUGCCUAACCUAGUUUGAAAGAAUUCUCUGGGGUUCCCUGUGGUGUAGUGGUUGUCUUGAAGAGUUUCUCUUGGACUAGUAGCUGUUCGUUUAUUCUAUAAUGUCUCCUUCGAAUUUGUGGAUUGAUCUUCUAAGUGGACUCUUAAAGCAGAAGCAAUCUAUUUUCGCUA